AUGGGAGAUAGUACCACAAAUACAGAAAAUAUAGCCGAUUUGCCAAAAAUACCAUUCAAGAGAUUAAAAUUUGCAUUAAAUCAAGUUGUGGAUGUGGCUAUACCUUUACACAUUUCUAUUUUAAAGGAAAAAACAAAAACCAUUCAAUCUUUAAAAGCUGAAAAUAAAGAAUUGGAGCUAUAUUAUGAACAAGUGAAAGCCUCUGAAGCUGUUAGGCUGCUUAAAGCAGAUUUAACCGAAUUGGAAAAUUUAAAUCUUCAAGUUAAAGAAGAAGACAGAGAAUUGUUUAAUCAAAAGAUUUUAGCCCCAACGAAGGAUGUAAUUGAAACUCUUUCUCUGUUUAUGGAAUUGCAUUCUGACGUCUUGAAUCCUCUUCCUGAGACAGAUGAUGCAAGCAACUCUUGUGAUACCAUUCCUCCACUUAUUUGUAAUUAUGACGAAGAGCCGCCAGCAGAAUAUUUAGGCAUAGAAGAAUUGCAAUGUGAAACUGAGAUAAUAACAUCAAAAAGACGAUUUGAUGCAUUGUCAUACCUCCAGAAAGAACUUAUUGAAAUAAAUACCAUCAUUAAACAAUUUGCUUCAUUUGUUUUUAGACAGAAAGAGAGUGUAAAUACAAUUGAGGACAACAUUGAACAAGUUAAUGAAAAUGUUACACUUGGUGUUCAAUUUUUGAAAAAAGCAUCUGAUUAUAAAGCUGCAUCUUUGCCUAUUGCUGGUGCUGUUAUUGGUGGACUGGUAUUAGGCCCUGUAGGAGCACUAGCAGGAUUAAAACUGUUUGGUAGUGUUGCAUGUUUAGCUAGUGGUUCAGUUUUGGGCUUUGGAGCUGGUCUAAAACUAAAACAGAAGCAGCAGGCUAGUAAUGAUAUCGAAAUGAAGGCUCUGACAUAUCCGUCAAAAUCAAAAUCUCAGUCUGUUCCUGAUUUAACGUCUGUUGAAAAUCCUUAA